CAAAUUCUUCAACGCUUUGACGAGUAGUAAAGGAUCAAUUCCGUUAAGUCGCAUUUCAGCUGAAUGCGGAAUCUCAGAGUCUUGCGGCCAAUUAUGGAAAGAUCAAUAUAUGAAUAUGGGUUCUGAAGCAAAGAGGAGGCUUCGGCCAAGGUCUGAGAUACUUGGUCGCACGUCAAAAGUCACUAAAUCGAUGUGCAAAAUGCUUUGCUCGCCUUCCCAGAAUCCUGUCCAAAAACAACCCUACGAAGCUCAAAUCGCAUACCAUAAUCUGCCUGUUGGAAAGCGCCAAUUACAACGUAAAAUAAAGGAGCUUACUAAAGGAGGUAGACGGUACAAGUGCGCGUUUAUCAAGAAGGCUAUAUCAGACAAAAAUCAAGAGGAACAAACAGCUUAUGGAGAUACUUAUCUCUAUGCUCCUCUCUUCAGGUUUUUUAAUCAUAUCGUAUAUACGGACGAAGCACAUGUCGACCUGACUUCUCAAGCUCAAGGCAGAAUAACAAGAGAGCAAGGAACGCGGGAUUUGCUAGAGAAUAUUAAAGAAAGGCCUCCGCUUAAAGGUGUUCAGUUUCACAUAGCUGCGUGGAUCAGUUAGUGGGGGAAAGCAGCCAAAUUAGAGUUUUAUAAUGAUGAAGAAGAUAAGAUUAAGCAUCCUCCUUACCCUUCAAAGCCUCGCCGCCGUCUAACAACUGAAACUGAAGAAGAAUAUCAUCGUCGCGUACAAGAAUGGGAAGCUGGGAAACCUCACAAUGUGGAAAUCAAAGUCAAAGGCAACGCUAUGACUCAAAAGUAUUAUGUGGACCAUCUUUUACCUAUUUACUGUCAAGCUAUGAAGUCUAUGCGCGACAUUAACGAUAAACCGUGGCUUUUGCAAGAGGAUAGCGACCCUUCUCAUGGUAUGCGCAAAAGAGGCCUCGCGCAAGAGUAUAAAGAGGCCUGUGGAACCCAAAACAUUGUCCACCCUGCUCAGAGCCCUAAUUUGAACCCUAUAGAG